UUCUGAAAACUGUGGCAUAUCGGCUUCCGUACUACGGACUACUCAGUUGAUAGCUAGCUAGUUAACCUACUUUUUCAGUCAUUGUUGUUAAAUAGCUACAACGGUAAAUAUAAUCAGCGUGAGUCACAUCAUUUUCGGAUGAAACAUAAUAAAAUACUUAUUUGCGACAUGCUACAAACAGUACGUUUGCUUUCAAAUGAAGAUUAACCGAUAGUCUGUGUAGGAAACCUGGUUGGCUAGCUCUGUCAAGGAUAACAAUCUAGCAUUCUAGCUAACUAGGCUUAAGCUGUAAAUUAAUCGAGCUUUUACAUAGCUUCGUUGUAUUACUAAAGAUGAGUUAACCUUUGACAUAAAUAUCUCUGACAGUUUAGCUAGAAUUAAGUAAAUAUUAGUAGACUACAUGUUGCCAAUAUAUUUUAUUUUAAACGUCAGCUCGCUAGGAAGAGAGGCCACUUGCUACUAUGUAGCCAGCUUAACGCUGUCUGGUCAGUUCGGCGCAACAUUGUAACCAGGUCAGUGUUAGAUCAGCACUAGCACUUUAUCAUAGAAGGAAAUAACAUUAACCUCUGGUAAUGGACACAGUAAAUAAUCUUUCUACAGAAUUAGGACAACUGGUUUAUUUUAACAGUGCUACUAGCUAUAUUCGAUAGCCGGUGCUACUAUUUCCCCUUCUGGUACAAGUAAAGCCUUACUUUGUGAUUUCUGAUUUGAACGAUUAUUAUUGGCCGCACCGAAGUGAAAAUCAUUUGUACAGUAUAAGCCUGAAGAUUAUGCAGAACAGCAGGAUGCCUGGGGGAUUUACUGGAGAAAUUACAUUGUUUAGAAAACAAAACAACAAAACCAUGUAUAGAAAGCACGAAAAAGCUCCCAAAAUAAUUCUUAUAUAAUGCUCAACUUUUUUCUUUGAAAACGUCAAAUUGCGCACAUCUGAUAUAAUAUACGAAGAUUUCUACAUCGGUUUAUGUAAUUUAAAGUAACCACUUUUAGUGUACAUUUGACAUGUCUGGGAACGGCUCGGAUAGUAGUAGCAGCGAGGACUCCGAUACAGGGAUCCGGAAGAAAGCCUGCACUGUCAAACAUGAGAUCACCAAUGCAAACCUCACGGGCCAUUCUGAGAGAGUGGGCAUGGAGAACUUUGAGCUUCUCAAAGUCUUGGGCACAGGAGCCUAUGGGAAAGUGUUUCUGGUCAGAAAGAACAGUGGUCAUGAUGAAGGGAAGCUUUAUGCCAUGAAGGUGCUGAAGAAAGCAGCCAUCGUUCAGAAGGCGAAGACCGCGGAGCACACGCGCACAGAGAGACAGGUGCUGGAGCACAUCCGUCAGUCUCCCUUCCUGGUCACCCUCCACUACGCCUUCCAGACCCAGACCAAGCUUCAUCUCAUCCUGGACUACGUGAGCGGAGGGGAGAUGUUCACUCAUCUGUACCAGCGGGAUCACUUCUCGGAGGAGGAGGUGCGGAUCUACAUCGGGGAGAUCAUCCUGGCCCUGGAGCACCUCCACAAGCUUGGCAUUGUGUACCGCGAUAUCAAGUUAGAGAACAUCCUGUUGGACAGCGAUGGACAUUUGGUCCUGACAGAUUUUGGGCUCAGCAAAGAGUUCCUGGAGGAGGAGAAGGAAAGGACAUAUUCAUUCUGUGGCACUAUAGAAUACAUGGCUCCAGAGAUCAUCAGGGGGAAGUCGGGUCAUGGAAAGUCGGUAGAUUGGUGGAGUCUGGGGAUCCUCAUGUUUGAGUUGCUGACAGGGGCUUCACCAUUCACUCUGGAGGGGGAGAGGAACUCCCAGAGUGAAGUGUCCAAGCGUAUCUUGCGUUGUGAACCACCGUUCCCGUCGAUGAUCGGACCUGUGGCUCAGGACCUGCUGAGGAAGCUGUUGGUUAAAGACCCUCACAGGAGACUGGGGUCUGGUCCUCGUGGGGCUGAGGACAUCAAGAGUCAUGCCUUCUUCAAGGGUCUCAGCUGGUCUGACCUGGCCGAGAAGAAGGUAGAAAGCCCAUUCAAACCAGAGAUCCGGAGUGAGCUGGAUACAGGAAACUUUGCUGAGGAGUUCACGGGCAUGAAUCCAGUCUACUCUCCAGCCAGCACUCCGCCAAGCACCGACCGCCUGUUCCAGGGCUACUCCUUCAUCGCUCCCUCCAUCUUGUUCAACAAGAAUGUGGUGAUGGGGGACUUCAUGGAGGGCCAGAUGGGAGCAGACCGGCCGGGCUCUGCCACGGUCCGACGCAGCGCCAUGCUGGAGGACUCCACGUUCUUCCAGCACUACGAACUGUGCCUGCAGGGGGCGCCCUUGGGCGAGGGCAGUUUCUCCGUGUGCCGGAAGUGUCGACACCGCCAGACCGGCCAGGAGUACGCCGCCAAGAUCGUCAGCCGCAGAAUGGAGGUGAAUACUCAGAGGGAAAUAGCGGCCCUGAGGCAGUGCGAGGGCCACCCCAACAUUGUCAAACUCCAUGAGGUUUACACUGAUCAGUUUCAUACGUACUUGGUGAUGGAGCUGCUGCGCGGGGGAGAGCUGCUGGAGCGGAUCAAGCGGAAGAAGCUGUUCGCGGAGGCUGAAGCCAGUCAGCUGCUCCGGAGCCUGGUGUCGGCGGUGGGCUUCAUGCACGAGGCCGGGGUUGUCCACAGAGACCUGAAACCAGAGAAUGUGCUGUUUGCUGAUGAGGGGGAGGACUCGGUGCUGAAGGUGAUUGAUUUCGGCUUCGCCCGCCUGUGCCCGGCGGGGAGCGCCCCGCUACAGACGCCAUGCUUCACACUGCAGUACGCCGCUCCAGAGCUCUUCCACAGCACGGGUUACGACCAGGCCUGCGACCUCUGGAGCCUCGGGGUCAUCCUGUACACCAUGCUGUCGGGACAAGUGCCCUUCCAGAGCGAGCAGCAGCAGAGGGCCGGCAUGACCUCGUCCUACGCCGCCGACAUCAUGCACAAGAUCAAAGAGGGAGACUUCUCACUGGCCGGAGACGCCUGGAAGGGCGUGUCUGAGGAGGCCAAGGAGCUGGUGAAAGGGCUGCUGACGGUGAACCCGGAGAGGCGCCUCAAGCUGUCCGCUCUGAGGGAGAACGGCUGGCUGCAGGGCGGGGCCAACGUCUCCUCCACCCCCCUCUGUACCCCAGAUGUGCUGGAGUCCAGCGGUCCCAUCGUCCGUUCCUAUGUCAACGCUACCUACAAGGCGUUCAACAAGGGGAAGAGGGAGGGCUUCUUCCUGAAGAGUGUCGACAACGCCCCCCUUGCGAAGAGGCGCAAGCUCAAGAUGACCAGCACCGGUGUCGAGACGCGACGGAGUUCCUCCUCCUCUUCUUCAUCUUCCUCUUCCUCAGCUGCCUCCGCCACUGCAACAAACCCAAAAACACAGCCACCAUACCAAAAUCAACCCCCCAAGAUAGAGAAGAGCUAGCGGGGGAGGAUGGAAGGCGGGUGGAGGAGGUGGAGGGAAGCACAUGAAUUCAGCCACAACGGACCAGGACACUGUCUCUGAAAGGGAUGACUUAGGUUGAAACCAUAUUCCUUCCCAGUCCAGGAUAAUGUAGAAUCACAGUUCUAGGAGCUUCUUUCGGAACAAACUGGGUCUAAUUCAAUAUUUAGAAGGAAACAAAGAGUUCACGUGCCAAAUCCUUUGAAGGGUGAUGCUGAAUGGCAUUUUGGGUUACCGCAAUGAUGCAAUGACCUCAUCUAAAUGUGUGUUUGUGUAUAGCUUGUACCAUCUUGGUUUCUUGACUGAAGAAGUCAACGGACUGAUCAUUUCCGGAAUGGAACAGUGCUUUGGACCCACGCUCUCUAAAAGCAGACCUACUGGGCUGUAUUGCGAUGUGUUAAGUUAGGAAGGAACUUUGGCUUUAACAUUGUACAGUACUUAUGGCCUUUUCAGUCCCCUCAGCAGGCCAUUGGAGGUAAUCCUGGGGUACCUGGAGUUAGAGCCCAGCAGAUGUGAGUUAGAGCCCAGCAGAUAGACUGAGUUCAAAGGGAGUAAAGGGAACUAAGGAGCCGUGAAUUAGCAUAAGCCAUAUUUUCACUGAAAGGUUGGGAUCUCUACACCAGAGCACUUAAGGAUAGACCAAGCACUCGUCUGUUGGAAGUCUCAUUGUAUGGUAAGGAUGUGAAGGAGAUUGAAGGAGAGGGGUGCUGCUGUGGACCGCUGUUCAAGGGGACUUAGAACGUAAGGGGUGAUCUGGGUCCAUGAGGCGCAGUCUUUUGCCAGUUUACAGAAACCUUUCGUUUAACUGGUUGGAUGCAAUUCAGGGCAUUCAUCGUUCUGUAUGCAUAUGUCCUUCAUUGUGAACGGCCAUGAUUCCCCCUUAAUGAAGAAUUUGGCUUGUUUUCCCUCCAACUUGAUGUUAGAUGUUUCCUUACCUGAGAUGUCCAUGGGCCAAGAAACUAAUCUAUGGGUCAGUUUUCUUAAAAGGCAUUACAGACUUCGAUUAACUUUAGCUUGUUUGAUGUUACUUUUCGCCAUUAAAAUAUGAAUGCGCUCACACACCCCGAUUACUUCCAUCAAUUUUUAGCUAGCAGUGGCUGACGUUAGGGGAAGUUCCUAGUGGCUGACGUUAGGGGAAGUUCCAAGUGGCUGUUUAAGAACCCUUAAUCCAUGAUUGUUAUCUAUGACCUUAGUCUACUUUCACGCUGAGGAACCGUCUAACCAUCAAGUUGGGGAAAAAAUGUAGGUUCUCCUUUAAGUAAGAUAGGACAGGGAAAUUGAUUACUUGGUGACUGAGAUGUACUGAUUUGAUAUCAUCGUCCUAUACGCAGAUAACAGUGCCCUACAGCUUAUCGUAUAAAAUGAAUUCUUAUGAGCAGAGCAACUUUUUGGGAUAUUGUUAAAAGAGCCAAAUCAAAAUAUUAACUAUUUUUUACUAUAAGUAUUGUUACCCUGAUUUUAAAGAUGUUGGUGUUUUUGGAGACAUUUGGGUGUAUUGUCAUUGAAUGUCGGUUACACUGAUUGUUUACUAAUCACUUUUUUACCAGAAUAUAUUGACUGUUGAUUUUGACUUGUUCCUGGAUAUCGCAAAAUGUAGUCAUUUAAUCAAUGAAUGACCUUUCAGCUUUAAACACAGUGCUUAUUUUAGUAUUUAUUACAUUUAAUGGGUUUUCAUGUGUUUUUAUAAUGCUGUGGUAAUGGAUAUACCUUUGGUUUUGUAUGGGUGUAUGUGUUGUGUGCAUGUUGAGUUCUAAACAUGUCUUUUUUUUGUGUGAAUGAUCAUGUAGAGUGGCUGGUUCUGGGAAUUGUAUGUGCACUCGCUUAUUAGUCUCCAGAUAUAGCAUUAUUACAAGUUACUCUAGUUAAUUUGAUUUUUUUGAUCACAGAUCUUUAAUUAGUUAUUCCUUAUAAACAUUAUUUUGCAUUGUGACCUGCUUUUGUAUACAAUAUUAUGCUAUUGUUUUGUAUUUUAAUUUGGCUGUUGAUAUUCUGUGUUGUCAUUUUAAUGUUCUGAAUGGAAUGACCGUGUUUUUAAUGAGCUAUGAUCUAUGUACUGCUGUCCUUCUUGAUAAAAAUAUAAUUUUUUCUUCAAAGUAUGUCAUGAUUUUGAGAUUCAUUUGUCACAAAGACUUAUGAUUUGUUUUGUGGUGAGUACACAUAAAUCUGGAGAAAAAUAAACAGCUUUUAAACAA